GUACACGCAAAUAGAGAGCAAGGGGGAUGGAAGGGAUGAAGUCAAGACAGAAGAAAUCAAACUCUUGUUGGAUGCAGGUCACAAUACGGGGCGGAAGCAGCGGUCUUCAAGCCCAGAAUUCGGUCAGGUUCACUCUCGAUAAGGGCGUUCUGUGUCCCACACGACCCACCCAGGGCGCAUAAUCUUUUCUCCAGCUCACUUCAUUGGACCCAGACACUAGUCGGCGGGCGCAUCCAGCCGCCGGCCCAAAGAGAGCUGCGCGGGGGAGCUGUGGCCAGAUUCUGGGGAGCAACCUGGCGCCAGUCCUUACUCAGCUCCACCCGGCUCUCGCCUGCCCACCCUCCCACCCAGGAACUGGAGGAUGGUCCGGGGUGCUCCUGUGCGGCUGCUGGUCGCAGUUGUCUUCAGCCCGAUCCGCCCUGCUGUGCGAGUCGCGCGCGCGCCCAGUUGGGAAGCAGCCGCCCCCGCCGCUGACAGGUGCUGCCCUGAGGGCGCAGGGUGCGGUCCCUGGCGCAGCUGGACGCGCACGCUCGGGUGCGUGUAGCUUCCCCAGCCCAAAGCCGGCGAGGAGAGGAAGCCAGGGCGCGGCCUUGGGGAGUCCAGGGGACUGGAGCUGCGCAGCUCUGAGCCAGAAACUUUGCGGGCUCGGCGGCCGGGAUUCGGUGACAGCGCCAGCCCACACCGGCAGGUGCGGGAGGAAGAGGCGGCGCCGGAGUCUGGCGGCCGAAGAACCUUGGCGGCGGCCGCGUCUUUCCCCCGAGCUGUCCUGAAGCCGCCGGGCACUCCCGGCUUCUGCUGCUGCGCCCGCCGCCGCCGCCGCCACCGCGGGGCUCCGGGAGGAGGUGCAGCCGGAGAGGGCGGAGGAGAAGAAGGAGGAGGAGGAGGAGGAGUGGAAAGGAGGAGCAGGGGGUGGAGGAUGGAGCCCCGGGCAGCCGCGGCGGGCUCGCCCGAGCCUGCGGCGGCGUCCUCCUCCUUCCAGGCCCGGCUCUGGAAGAACCUGCAGCUGGGGGUGGGCAAGAGCAAGGGCGGCGGGGGCGGGCGCGCAGGGGUCCCAGAGCGCCGCACUGCGGACACCCCAUCGCCCUCCCCGCCACCCCCGGGGGGCAGGCGGGACGCACUGGCCGGCGUGGGUGGCGCGGGCAGCAGGUGGAGCGGCUUCAAGAAACGGAAGCAAGUGCUGGACCGCGUCUUCUCCUCCUCCCAGCCCAACCUGUGCUGCUCCUCGCCGGAGCCUCUCGAGCCCGGCGGCGCCGGCAGAACCGAGCAGGGGUCCACCUUGCGCCGCCGGAUCCGUGAGCAUUUGCUCCCAGCGGGAAGGGGACCGGCGACAACCGCCGCGGGAGCAGCGGGAGUGACGCCUCCUGGCGGACGGUCCCCGGACUCAGCUCCCUCUUCAUCCUCCGCCUCAUCCUCCCUGUCCUCCUCGCCCCAGCCUCCCGCGAGGGGAGACCGCGCCCGAGAUGAGGGGGCACGGCGUCGGGGCCCCGAGGCGCACUUGUGCCAUCAGAAGAGUUCCUCCCUGCCCGGCACCGCCUGCCUGGAGCAGCUGCUGGAACCGCCGCCGCCUCCCGCAGAACCAGCUGAGAGCCCAGUGCAGCCGCGGACCCCGGAGAAGGGCGAGGAGCUCGGCAGCAACCAGAAAAUAAAUACUGCUGGAACCAGUAAUGCAGAUGUCCCCUUGGCUGAUCCCGGAAUGUACCAAUUGGACAUUACCUUAAGAAGGGGUCAAAGUUUAGCUGCCCGAGAUCGAGGAGGGACAAGUGAUCCAUACGUGAAGUUUAAAAUUGGAGGAAAAGAAGUUUUUAGAAGUAAAAUAAUACACAAGAACCUCAAUCCCAUAUGGGAGGAGAAAGCUUGCAUUCUUGUUGAGCAUCUUAGGGAACCAUUGUAUAUAAAGGUAUUUGACUAUGAUUUUGGACUACAGGAUGACUUUAUGGGCUCAGCCUUUCUGGAUCUCACACAACUGGAGUUAAACAGGCCCACAGAUGUGACCCUAACACUGAAAGAUCCUCAUUAUCCUGACCACUACCUUGGAAUCAUUUUGCUGUCCGUCAUCCUUACCCCUAAAGAAGGAGAACACAGGGAUGUGACAAUGCUAAUGAGGAAGAGUUGGAAAAGAUCAAGUAAGGAUCUUUCAGAAAAUGAAGUGGUUGGAUCUUAUUUCUCUGUGAAGUCUUUCUUUUGGAGGACGUGCGGCAGGCCUGCUUUUCCUGUCCUGGGCUUCUGCAGAGCAGAGCUUCAGAGUACUUAUUACCAAAAUGCACAAUUUCAGACCCAAAGUUUACGUCUAUCAGACGUACACAGAAAAUCACAUCUUUGGAGAGGAAUAGUCAGCAUCACAUUGAUUGAAGGACGAGAUCUCAAGGCAAUGGAUUCAAAUGGGUUGAGUGACCCCUAUGUGAAGUUCCGGCUUGGGCAUCAGAAGUACAAGAGCAAGAUUAUGCCAAAAACUUUGAAUCCUCAGUGGAGGGAACAAUUUGAUUUUCAUCUCUAUGAGGAAAGAGGUGGAAUCAUUGAUAUCACUGCCUGGGACAAAGACGCUGGGAAAAGGGAUGAUUUUAUUGGCAGGUGCCAGGUCGACCUGUCGGCUCUCAGUAGGGAACAGACACACAAGUUGGAGCUGCAGCUGGAAGAGGGUGAGGGACACCUGGUGCUGCUGGUCACCCUGACAGCUUCGGCCACAGUCAGUAUCUCUGACCUCUCCGUCAACUCCCUGGAGGACCAGAAAGAACGGGAGGAAAUAUUAAGGAGAUAUAGCCCAUUGCGAAUAUUUCACAACCUGAAAGAUGUGGGAUUUCUCCAGGUGAAAGUGAUCAGAGCAGAAGGGUUAAUGGUCGCCGACGUCACAGGCAAAAGUGACCCAUUUUGUGUAGUGGAACUGAACAAUGAUAGGCUGCUAACACACACCGUCUACAAAAAUCUCAAUCCUGAGUGGAACAAAAUCUUCACAUUCAACAUUAAAGAUAUCCAUUCAGUUCUUGAAGUGACAGUUUAUGAUGAAGAUCGGGAUCGAAGUGCUGACUUUCUGGGCAAAGUUGCUAUACCAUUGCUGUCUAUUCAAAAUGGUGAACAGAAAGCCUACGUCUUGAAAAACAAGCAGCUGACAGGGCCAACAAAGGGGGUCAUCUAUCUUGAAAUAGAUGUGAUUUUUAAUGCUGUGAAAGCCAGCUUACGAACAUUAAUACCCAAAGAACAGAAGUACAUUGAAGAGGAAAACAGACUCUCUAAACAGCUGCUCCUAAGAAACUUUAUCAGAAUGAAGCGUUGUGUCAUGGUGCUCGUAAAUGCUGCAUACUACGUUAAUAGUUGCUUUGAUUGGGAUUCACCCCCAAGGAGCCUCGCUGCUUUUGUGCUCUUCCUCUUUGUUGUCUGGAACUUUGAGCUCUACAUGAUACCACUGGUUUUGUUGUUACUAUUGACAUGGAACUACUUCUUGAUAAUAUCAGGGAAAGAUAACAGGCAACGUGAUACAGUAGUGGAGGACAUGCUGGAGGACGAGGAAGAAGAAGAUGACAAAGAUGACAAGGACAGUGAAAAAAAGGGAUUUAUAAAUAAAAUCUAUGCCAUCCAGGAGGUUUGUAUCAGUGUCCAGAACAUCCUAGAUGAAGUGGCUUCCUUUGGCGAAAGGAUAAAGAAUACUUUCAACUGGACUGUCCCAUUCUUAAGCUGGCUGGCCAUUGUAGCCCUCUGUGUGUUCACAGUCAUCCUGUACUUCAUUCCACUGAGAUACAUUGUCCUUGUCUGGGGUAUCAAUAAAUUUACAAAAAAGCUGCGGAGUCCAUAUGCAAUCGAUAACAAUGAACUACUUGACUUCCUUUCCAGAGUCCCUUCAGAUGUACAAGUGGUGCAAUACCAAGAACUGAAACCAGAUCCUUCUCAUAGCCCAUGUAAAAGGAAGAAAAACAAUCUUGGCUAGUCAGCUCCCAGCACUGAGGAGACCAGCAUCUGUUUGGGAAGAUAAAAGAAAAAGCCUUCAGCCUCAGCAGCAUUUCCUUUCUUCCUGCUUUUUAUUUAUUUUGUCUUUUUAUCAUGAUCGAGAGAAUUUGUAAAUAGUGUACAAAGGCAUAUGUCUUUGAAAAUAUACUUCCAUUGUACAGACUCAAUUUGAUAAAGGUUUAGCUGUUGCUGUGUGAAAGCCUUGGUGGCUGUGGAUAAUAAUACAACAGACUGAAACAACAAAUAUAAGAAUGGUAACACUGGGAGAUAUACACGUCUCUAAUUACAAGUGGAAGAACUAGAAUAUCACAUUAAAUGCUCAGCUGUGCUCUAUUAAAUCUACAUAAAAUGUAAAUGUCAAUUUGAUUUUAAAGUUUUUUUUUUUUAAUGUGACUAUUUUUUAUCUGCUAAGUAAUCCAUUACAGUUUUCUAUGUUUUAUACAUUUCAAAAGAGAAGGGAGAUCCCAGAAUCUGAAUAAUAGAACAGAUGCAUUUCAAUUUAACAUAGUAGUUCUACUUCAGAUCCUGACAUUCAUUCCUGUGCAAAUUAUAAAGAUAUGACUCGGCUCAUUUUAAGCUAAUGAGUGAGAGUACAGUCACUCUGUCAAGAUAAUCCUGCAUACUCUGCAAAGAAAACUUCCAAACCUUCUAUCAUUCCAUCUGAAACCUUAAAAUCUCUACAGGACUACACGUAAAUACUGCCAGGUUUAUAAAUGAUUGCCUAUCUGAAUUUUUAUACUAUCACUACUUUAAUUUAUAUCAAGUUAGUGGGUUAGCAACCGAGUUCAGUUGUCACAAAUACUAGCAAACUAAAUCCGUAUUGCUUUUGGUGUCUCUGUGCAUCUAAAAAUAUUUACUAUUCAACUGUUCUCACAAAGUAUCUGCUUUCUCAUUAAAUUACUGAAAUGCUUUAAUGCACAGUAUAAUUUUUGUUAUUAGUGUGAAUUUUACUGUAAAGGAGAAUGCAGUGUGCUAAGUGAUAUGCUAGUGUUUCAUUAUAUUCAUUUAUAGAAAAACUAUUCUUGAUAAUAUGAAUGCAUGAAACCUAUUUUGUAAAAAAAAAAAAAAAAAAGAUACAACUGCUUAUGGGGUGGGGGGAGUUUGUCUUUACAAAAAUGUUUCAAUACUUACCAUAGAAUCUAUACUUAAAAAUUGCAUUCCCAAGACUUAUGGUAGUUUUUGUACCUAACUCCCUGAUAAAUCAAGGGAGUAUACCUCUGGAGAGAGAAAUAAUUUGGUGAGAAUGUUUUACUUCCCUGACCGGGUACAGGAUUAAGUUUGGGUGAAAAUGCUAUAGAAAAUGUUUUUGCACUACUUUAUUAGUAACUGGGAUAGAGUGAAGGUGGGGGUGAUGGAAAAAUGUAGAAAAGUCAGAAAUAUAUAUAUAUUUCACUCUAAAGGAAGAUUCUUUCUUUAAAAAAAUAAAUUUAAUCUCAUCAAAGCUAAUUUUUAAAGUAUUUUUAUUUUAAAGCUAUGUUGUUAAAUACUAUUUCUUAUGAUAGAACUAUUUUGAUCUGUUUAUACACUAUGCUUGAAAGAGAAUGUCAAUUAAAUUCCCUUUCUACAGAAAGGCUUUGACCUCAAUAUGCUCUAUUUAGCUCACCAUGUUUAUAAUGACAUGCUUAUAUCUGCACACCAUCACUGUUUGUUACUUAGACAUAAUAUUCCAUGAAGCUGAUGCUACUACAGAAAGUUUAUGGAUGGGCUAAUUUGUUCAAAAUACCUUUUGAUUAUACCUUAUGCGAAAUUUAUGUUGUGUGCUGACAGUGUCUACUCAAAUGUCUACAAGCCUGAUAUAGUACAACUUCAGAUGUACCUAGUGCAUAGUAACCAUUAACAGAUGCCCAAUUUUUGUUUCAUUCUACCAACUUUCAGAUGUUAAGUUUAAUGGUAAUGUUAACUACACAUUCACUGCAUUAAAUAAAAAAAACUCUUUUCUAAGUAUAA